GGCCAGCGCCGGCCGGGCAGCGGGAGAGGCCGCGCCGCUCAUCCGGCAAAGGGGACGCGGCUCCGUGCCCGCUGAACACCUGUCAGCCCGCGGAGCCUGAUUUAUACCUGGCAUUGGUUGCCUCUCCACUGGGGAUUUCCCCCUCGUUCCACUUCUUCUGCUGCUUUUUUUUCCUUUUCCCUCUCGCCUCCCCCCUCCCUUCUCGGAGCAUUGUGGAAGAGAGUGUUUUCUUCAGGGUAUUAAGCUGAGAAUACAGAGAAGGAGAGGCUCAGACCUUUACCUCACUGCCUCGUUCUCCCUUCCAUGUGAACAUUCUGCAACGUUUCCUUCGUCCUGCCGCACCUCUCACCUGGCCAGCGCUGUCCGGACCAUGUCCGCUAAGCUCCUGCCGCUUCUCUUCCUCCUCUCAGUGUUCCACGCUUGUUCUACAAAGGUUGAAGAGGAUGAAUAUGAAGAUGGAACAGCUAACCAAAAAUGGGUUUUAGCUCCAAAAACACAAGACACAGAUGUGACUCUCAUACUAAACAAGCUGUUGAGAGAGUAUGACAAAAAGCUGCGGCCAGAUAUUGGAAUAAAACCAACAGUUAUUGAUGUUGACAUUUAUGUUAACAGCAUUGGUCCUGUAUCAUCAAUCAAUAUGGAAUAUCAAAUUGAUAUAUUUUUUGCCCAGACGUGGACAGACAGCCGUCUUCGCUUCAACAGCACCAUGAAAAUACUGACUCUGAACAGCAACAUGGUUGGCUUGAUCUGGAUCCCAGACACGAUAUUUCGUAACUCAAAGACAGCAGAGGCUCACUGGAUCACCACCCCCAAUCAGCUCCUCCGCAUAUGGAAUGAUGGCAAGAUCCUGUAUACCCUCAGGCUUACCAUCAAUGCUGAGUGCCAGCUGCAGCUGCACAACUUCCCCAUGGAUGAACACUCAUGUCCUCUGAUUUUCUCCAGCUAUGGCUAUCCUAAAGAGGAAAUGGUUUACAGAUGGAGGAAAAAUUCAGUGGAGGCUGCUGACCAGAAAUCUUGGAGACUCUAUCAGUUUGACUUUAUGGGUCUCAGAAACACUUCAGAAAUUGUGAAAACCUCUGCAGGUGAUUAUGUAGUCAUGACUAUAUACUUCGACUUAAGUAGAAGAAUGGGAUACUUUACUAUACAAACAUACAUUCCCUGCAUAUUAACAGUUGUUCUUUCCUGGGUAUCCUUUUGGAUCAAAAAAGAUGCCACACCAGCAAGAACAGCACUAGGCAUCACCACAGUAUUGACCAUGACAACUUUGAGUACCAUUGCAAGAAAGUCAUUGCCCCGUGUUUCCUAUGUCACCGCCAUGGACUUGUUUGUGACUGUAUGCUUUCUAUUUGUCUUUGCUGCUCUGAUGGAGUAUGCCACCCUCAACUACUACUCAAGUUGCAGGAAACCAAACUGUACUAAGAAGAAAAAGUCGCUGCCUGAUGUAAGUUUUGGUCAUGUAAUGAAUUAUUCUGUACUUGACAUGAGACCACCAACUACAGUCAUCACAUUGAACAAUGCCAUGUAUUGGCAAGAUUUUGAAGAUGCGUGUGUCUAUGAAUGUCUGGAUGGGAAAGACUGUCAGAGCUUUUUCUGUUGUUAUGAAGAGUGUAAGUCAGGCUCAUGGAGGAGAGGACGGAUUCACAUAGACAUCUUAGAACUGGACUCUUACUCUAGGGUCUUUUUCCCUACAUCCUUCCUGCUGUUUAACCUGGUCUACUGGGUUGGAUACCUCUAUCUUUAAAUGUUGCCUGUAGCAGUGAAGACUGCUGCAUUUUCUCACUGCAGACGGAUGCUGAAAGUGCAGAAAAAGUGAAGGACACAGUCAGUUUCAUCUCAAAUUCUAAAGACCACAUUAACCUUCACCAUCACAGAGCCUGAUGAAGAAUUUUAACAUUUCCUGAAAAAGAAAAAUACGGAAGAAUUCUCUCCUAACUGCUAUUUGUUUUAAGAAAGAGGUUCUUACAAAGUUCAGCUGAAUUUGUAGUGUAAGCGAUGUUUAUGAAUAAUUAUUGUAUAUUAAAAUCUCUACUAUUGUUCCUUGCCAUAGAAGCUAUUCACAGUUCAGGCAAAGUUUAAAUAUGUAAUUUUUAUUUUUCAUUCCCAUACUUUCUUCAAAAUACUGCCAUACCCCUAAGGCUCAGAGAAAUGUAUGCUGGCACUAGUAAAUAAGCCAAAGCUGACAAAAACACUCAUUUGUAUUAAAAUUUGCUUGAUACGAUAGGUUUUGGGAAAUUGUUGAUCUUCUUGAUAUAGAGUAACCAUCAAAAGACAGUAAGAAAUGCCAGGUAGGAUCAAAGGAUGUUACUUUCUGCAAAGGACUGAGACUCAUGGAAUUAGCAACUUACCCACAUAUAUUGGUUUUAACUUAAAGGUUAAAAGGCAGACAGAGAAGAAAGCUAUAAUUUUGAUAUAAAUAACACUUACCUAUCUGUGAGGCAGCUGUAGGCAUAACUUCUACAGUUUUUCAAGCUUUUAACUGUGUUUUUUAUGACUCAUUAAACACAGGAUGGUCAUUGAUUUCUAGAGUACUAUACUUGAAGCAGGACAAGAUUCCUGCUUGUUUGUGUCACUGUAGCAGCUCAUAGUGCAUAGCCCAUGAGUAAAAAUCACUAUAUAAUAAUACCAGGAAUACGUGACUUUCUUUGGAUUUCAAUCUGCUAAAAAGUGGGCCCAUGCAUACUUUUUUUUUCUCUCAAAGUUGUAUUAUAAAAUUGAAAAAUGUGUGCCAAAGGUCUUUUUUUCUUCUUUUCAUAACAUUAAACACUGCAAUAUUUUCUCACAGUACUUGUUCCCCAGGCCUGAGAUAAAGACUGAACACUUGUGACUUGAAUAGUGAAUUACAGGAACUCAAUUGUGACACUUGGAUUAAACAUUAAAUAGUUACCACAUGUAGAAAGAGGUUCUUUUCAUUCUUUCCCAAAAUUUCCAACUAUAUUUUACACUAAAAAACAAUUUUGUAUUUUUAAAAGUUUUGACCAUUCAACUCUAAACUACGCCUUUUUUCAAGAACUAGUUUUACAGUAUUAAACUAAGUGAUGUCUUUUACAGACUGUCUACAUAAUUGUUAUUAAGCAAACACAUCCAGAAUUAAAUAGCAAUAGCUUUUCACUACCUUUUGCAUGACAAAUUGUUACAAAAGAUUGAAGUUAAAAGAUAAUUAAAAUAAUUGUAUUUCUUUUCUCUUUUGGAGAUAAUUUUUUAUGAACUCAAAAAAUGUGUGUCUCUUCCACACAGUAUUUGAUGAAAAAAAUGAACAGUGGAUGUGACUGGAAAGGAGUUCCUUUUUCCUCAAAAGGAAAACCCUGCAAACAAGCAAAACCAAAAGCAAUGGUAAUUCUAAAGGAACAGAAAUGCUGUCAUGUUCUUUGAAACAUCACUGUCUCUCACUGCUGUUGCUCUGUUCUUCCACCGAGCUUUUAAUUGGAGGGAAAAAAGGAAAAACCUAACUCAAAAGUUAAUUGUAGUUUUAAAAAAUCUCUCUUCUGUUUUUUUAACUUGUCUGAAAUACCAGAAACAUAGCUGGGUUUAAGUUGUGGAGAGGAAUUACUUCUGUAAGGACUGACAAAAUUCAAAUUAGAAGCAAGGAGAAGAAAUACUUUGAGGUAGAAUCAAAGCCUUAUUUCUAGAAAAAUCUGCCAAAUCUGAUGCCUUCUAAACCAAUUAUAAGCUUCUGAUUUCAAAAUACAUGCUGAAAAUUUUGCCAACUCUCAUUAACAAAUUAACUGCUCUAUAAACCUUUGUCCUACACUUGGAGAUAUGAACUUAAUUUAAGGAUGACAAUGGUAUUUUAAGUAGUGCAAGAAGGUGAUUAAAUUUGAGUUGAAUAUACUGAUUGCUAAUUAAUAAUUAGUCUACUCUAAUAGUCACCUUCAGCCAUAUUUUGCAAGAAAACAAGAAAUAUUCCAAGCCUAAAUAAAGGAAUGGAAACCAUUUUUCUUUAGGGAGGGUGAGCCUGGAAACCCUCUGCACAAUCAAUUGAUUUUGGUGGUAGUAUUGAGAUAAAUGAUGCGCAAUCAGGUGCCUUUUACCAUUAGAUCUUCAACAGCUAAAGUGAGGUUUAUUUAACAGUUCCACACUGUGUGAAUUUCCUGGGAAGUGGAGCAUUCCCGUGUUGGAUGAUGAGUAUAUACUUUUCUUACACUUCUGCUCAUGGCUGCCCAUGAGCCCUGCUGAAAGCAGACAAUGCCAACAGAUCCUUUUUUGGAAGACUGAUUCUAAUAAGUCCAUUCAUAUUGCCCAUUUUCUGACUUUUUAAUGAAUAGAAGAUGGAAGCAUAUAAUUCCAACUUUUUCCACUGUCCUAAAUCAAGAAAGAAUCUUCAGACACUACUGCCUUCUGCUCUUAUAGUGAGAGUAGAGGACAUAUUCUACUGUGUAAUUUAUUCUGCUCUAGGGUUAUUGAAAAAUUGAUUUUUAUGCAAGGCAACUGGCUGCAGGCUGGCAGGUUCCUGGAUGCAUUCCUCUGCUUGUUCCUAGUAACUUAGCUUACUCUCCCUGCUUUACUGCUCCAUGCUUUGGCAGCCACUGAAAAACAUUAAAGGAAGAGAAGAUAGGCUUUUCUAUGAUCUGAAUCAUUCAAAAUGCCAUUGUGGUCUGCAUACAUCCAUGUGCCAUAUCCUUCAUUAGGAGUAAGAAUAUCCUAAUUGACCUUCAGAUAUUCUUUUGCUUCUACUGCAAAUUGGCAAACAUGAACAUUUUCUCAUGCUGUCCCACAAGAAAUGUAAGAACUAUAUUUUAGCAUUUUAGAACAUGUUCUUUUCAUAUAAUUUCAUAUUAGAGUGUUGCAUUUAUUCAACUAGUUCUUUUUGUUAUUUACCCUUUCUAUCCUUCCAAGGAAGGGAACAGAGGAAGGCAAAACCAAAUGAGCGGUGAAAAGAACACAUUUGUUUAUGUAAAACCUCAAAACCAAGUACCUUCACAUUACAUUUCUUACUUGUGGAAGUUGAAGAAGGGGUUGUGAUGGCUUUUAAAAUAAUCACCUUUUUUUUUUUCCCAGGAGGAUCUAAAGUCAGUUCUCUUAUUUUCCCCUUCAAUUAAAAGUUCUUGGGCAUAAUUUUCUUUAUUGAGGGUAGCAUUUUCAAGGCAAUUAAGAAUUUAUAAAAAAUAUUGGUCUGUUUAAUUAAAUCUCAGUUUUCCUGGCUCUGAUGCCUAGCAUAUUGACAGCUCCUUUUCUUACAGCCAUUCUUCCAAGAAUAAGGGUAUAAAAAAACUUGUAGCCAGUUAAUGCCUUCUUAGUGUCCAGCAGUAAUGUGGAACUGCAGUGCACCACACAACACACAAUUUUAAUAUAACUUUCUAACCAAAAAGUAGGGGUGUAGUUUAAAGCACCUCAGGCAUUUUGAUAACCUCUUUCUCAUAUUCUCCUUAAUCAACUCUCAGCUGUAUAUUGCUAUAUUGUGCAUACCAAUAAAAAUGAUAACAAUUACAAAAGCCAGAACUAUCUUCACAGAGACAGUGAUGAGUAGUGAAGCUAAAAGAAGAGAAAGAAAUUAUUUUUUAUUGCUGUGCAGUUCUUAUCUGUUGCAGUCCUCUUAUUCAAUUUAACCCACAGCUAAUUCCAAAUCAUCCACCUGGAGGUUUGCACAUUCAUCAGCUGGAACAGCAGUGACACAUGAGCCUUUCGCUGAUAGGAAAUUAUUUCUGGAACUGCAGGCAUACUGCCAAAUAACUCAGACAGAUCUUAAACACUUCUGCAACUCUAAUGUGUCUUGGUGUCUAGCAUCUCAUUUCAUUAAUUUAUCACAACUUUCCUUACUUUGUCAUUUCAUGUUCACCUCCUUUUUAUACAAAACUUCACCAUAUAGCUAAUAAAAUUACUCUCCUACAUGACCAGAUGACAGGUAGCUCUGGAACUGCUGACCUUGUGGGAAGGGAGACAGACAGAUUUCACAGAAUCAUAAAAUCGAAUACAUAGGAAAAGACCUUGGAGAUCAUCAAGUCCAACCUGUGACCCAACACCACCUUAUCAACUAAACCAUAGCACUAAGUGCCAUAUCCAGUCUUUUAUUAAACGCCUCCAGGGACUAUUUCAUUAACCUCACCAUCUGGAGGGUUGGUGUUACCUUCUAAACUGUAAAACAAAGUGCCCACUGAAACUUGUAAAAGCUGUCGAUAACAGUCUGUACUUCUUCCAUUGGCUACUUUUUCCUGGUUUCCAUAUCAUACAGUAAGAAAAGGCAAGCCAUAUCUCAUAAUCCUAGAUGUCUACAUAGGCAGAUGAUUUCUUUUCAAAGUUUCUUCUUCUUCUCCUUGCUCACAGUGAAAUGCUUGUGCCUCUUAUGUCAGUGCCUUUCUCAUUUAUUAAUAUGAAAGGAUAUUUCUUAACGUUAAAGACUAUUUCUCAUCUCAAAGUUAGAAAGUGGGACCAAUGACUUUCCAGGAGUUCUUCCUGAGCACCACAGUGUGUGACCAAUAUUCUAAAUAUCUUUAACCUACAGAUUGAACAUUUCUCUGCAUUUUCUUUAUUUUUCUAAAUACUCUGUAGGUUUCUUAUUUCCUAAAUAGCAAAAGGCUGCAAUGGAACUUCAGCAGUUUAGCAGAAUCCUUCCUUCUUCACUCAGCAAUUUCAUUCCACCGAGAGAUGGAUACUCAAGGUUCAUCCAGAUCUCUUUCCAGAAGACUAUUUAAAAUAGACAAAAAGACUAUGGAUUGGGAAUGUAUUUUCAUAGAUGAAAGGUGAGGUUCUUUUUUCCUUUAGAGUUUUUUGGCUUUUUUCUCAGUUAAUUUUAGAUCCUUCCUCCCUCCACAAGCAUAAAAUUAGCUCAAUUUACACUUACCUACUGGGAAAAAAGUAUUGUGUUCUUAGUCUUAUACUAUAAUUGUAUGCCCACCACCUUCUUAUGGUUCAUCACAUUCUCUACUUGAAGGGUUCUAGUGUAUAUGUGAAAAGAUGAAGGCCUUUCUUCAAGACUCAGUGGCCUUAAUAGUAUUGCCUUUUCCCCUGGGAUCUAGAAAGAGUUCUUUCCUCAUAAUUUAGGCCACUGUUUUAGAUAUUAAAACCAAAGCUAUGUUUUGUAUCUAAAGUGAAAUUAUGUUUCAACAAAAAAAAUAUUAGCUUGAACUGAAUUGCAUUGAGAAGUUUUAAAGUAUUUUUUUUUUAUACUGAACAUUUGGUGGAUAAUUCAAAGGGAUAUGAUGGCCAACAACUAUGUAUAUUUAGGACUAAGUCCUGAACUAGGGAUAAAUAUUGUUCUAACCACCUAGUUUACCUAGCAGCUGUUUAUUUAAAUGACUUUGGAUCGUGACUGACUUCAAGUACUUGGUUAGUUACUGCUGACAUUCCUCAAGUGAGAUAUCCAAUAUCUGUGACGAUGUAUUGUUUUCUACAGACUUGACUUUCUUUUACUUUUCCUCUUUUGCUGUGGGUCCUCAAGCUGGUGUCUCUAUGUAUCUGGACUCCUCAAGGGUUUUCCUAGAAUAUAUGUGAAAUUGGAGAAUAAAAUUCAGUGCCUCAGAGCUGGGCAUCUGAGAAUUCUCUGCUUUCUACCAAAACAGUCAUUUUGAUCUUCUAAUUGUUUGCUAUUUACAAAGGACAAGCAGAAGACGUGAUUAUGUUUAUUCAUAUAUCUAGGGGAAAGCUUUCUCAAGGACUGAACCAGGCAAAGCAGGCACUGAUACACAGCCAGUAACUUGUUGGGUAUUCUUUUAUUUAGGUAAGGAAUGGCUCUAGUCAGGGGGGACACAACAUCUGGUGUCAUCGAGGCACCCACAUAACUUUACUUGGAGGUCUAAGCCAGCCUUGGAGCUCCUUAUAGGGAAAUACUCUUCUAAUAUCUCUUUAACUUCUUGCAGCAGUGCUUGUGAGACAGGAAGUUGUACUAACACAAAAUAUUCUAAAAUACAAAGAAUAAAAUAUCCACAGUCAAGAUGGUGAUGGCUUGUUACUGAGACUGUAUAAGGAUUACGAGUUUAAAAAAAAUACCAAAACCUGCUAGGUCUGAAUCAAAACUUUCCACAUUAAUUAAGACCAUUGAACAGGACAGGGGUUAAAGUUCAAAUCGGCAUCAGGAAGAUCACUGGAUGAUAUUCUAUAAGAGUUGAUUAUACGUUGUUUGGAUUCAAAACUUGUGGACUAUAGAUUUGUAACUUAAGUACUUAAUGUGAGAUUUGUGAUUUAUAUACUUAAAGUGAGGCCUAAAACGAGUAACUGCUAAAAUUUCUAAAUUGCACAUUAAUAUAAAAUGGAUGAAGAGAACAAUACUGAUGACAUAUUUUUUAAUAACUAUUGAUGAAUGUGAAAUAGAGCAUUCUACAGAAUCCAUUCCCUGCUUGCAGACCUCAAGGGAUCCUUAAAAUGAAAGCAACUGUGGAACUCAUGGGAAGCUGGUAAAAUAAUUACAUUUGUAUUACACAGGCAGCCCAGGGAAGUAUGGCAUUGCCAGACAGAGUGCUGCAAAGGAAAACAAAUAAACAGAAUAAGUUCCCACAAAACACUUUCUCUGAACAACAGUGGGAACCCUGGUGCAGAGAGAUUACAGUAUCACACUCCCUUAUUCUCUUUUGCAGUCAUUCAGGAGUACUGUGACUUUUUUGUCAUCCACAAUCACAUACAAUACCAACCUUAAAUCAUAGAGCUACCUGUGGCUACCACAGGCCAUCACCAAACCCCUCACAUACUCCUGAUCUAAACUCUCAGUAUACUGCUCUCAAAACAUUUUUUCCCAUCAUGCGAACACAUGGAUUUUUUUUUUAAGUGAGUGUAAUUUUAAUAAUCAAAUAAAUACUGCCAAAUAUGUGCCAAAUUGAAUUUUCUUAUAGAACACAGACAAAAUUUUAGAUUUCUAAUUAUUCUUCCUUCCUAAGUUUUUGUUAGGGGUGUGUGAUUUCGUUGCUAGCAGUGCAGCUUGUGAUGUCAUAGUGAAAUGAAAGUACAAUUAUGUGCCCAAUGUGCCUUGAAUAAUACAGGUAGCACUAGUACCAGUAUGUCAUUCUAAGUUAGAUAGCCAUCCCAGUGAUCCCCCAGACUGACCUAAUCAGAAAAGUCAAACACCCAUGUGCUUCAUCUCCUCAAGUUCUCAGCCUUUCCCUUCUCAAUCACAUCCAUUCCAGUUUACUUUGUGUUAAGGAGUAGGGCUGUGCGUCUAGAAUACUAUUUAUAUUCGUAUUUUGAUCCCAGCAUUUGUAUUUCUGGAUACAAAUAAAUACACAUUAUCAGAAAAUGCAAGUAUGAUGUGCAUGUUUGGUGGUUGUAUUUUUCUUACAGAAUUUGAGAGCUUAACAAAAUAGAAAUAGAUUUCUGAAAAUUUGCUUGAGAGAAAAGGCACAGUAUGUUACCUUUCUAAUAGGGUGUAGGGUGUUCUUGAAAGUAAUUUCAAACGAGUCUUUAAAAAAUAUUUUCAACAGUGAGCGUGAGCUGACUAAACUGCAAAAAAUAUUUGAGACUGCAGUUUAUCCAUGGGACUAAUUUAAACUGGGAAGAAUAUGCUACAAAAUUCAAAGAGAAAUCAAGAAAUAAGCUGUGUCUUUUUCAAAAACUGCUUGAAUGCAAAGAUUGCAGUUUUAAAAUUGUAAUCAAAUUUGCCUUUAAAUCCCAACUUUUUCAGUACUCAGUGAAAUUUACUGGCAAAACUAUACUCUACAUUUUUACAAGACUUAGUUUUCAACAGCCACUUAUGGUUAAGACUAUCUUCUUGAUUUAUGCUCUUUGAAUAUAAUUUAAUUCCCACCUCUGUACAUUCAUGACCACGGAAUUGUCAGUCUCCUCCCACUCCAACUGUGAAAUGCCUACUUCAUUUUAGAGUUCCACUCCAUAAUAACACUGGAGCUGACAGCUGGGCCACAGAUAAUGCAUAAGAUAAUGCAUAAAUUCCACAAAUCUCUCAUGAUCCCACAGAUUUCCCUAUCUUGUUAUAUUUAUAUUUUCUGUAUGUUCCUAGGACUAAGGCAUGUUUUUUUCCAAAGGACAUUUUAUUUCACAAAAACCAAUUACACCCAGAGUAUUUAAUUAAACUUUUGCUAAGAAAUCUCUUUUUUCUUGUUUUCACUUAUUAGUUUGAAAUGCAAUUCAUGAUUUAUCCCCAUUUGUGGGGUACUUUCCUCACCUGUCUGCUCAAAAAUAAACAUAGAUUCUGUACUUCCCCAA